GGGGUUAGGGAGUAGGAAAUGCGUGAGAAUUCAGUCUGCGCAGAGACGGAAGGAGGGCGAUUCAAAAAUCGAGGAGCCAAGGCCUUCCAAAAGCGUCGCCGGGUGCAAUCGGCUGGUUCUCUCCUAUUUGUCCUGGGGCCCCGUGGCCGAUUCGGGGUUCCCCUCUCCCUGCCGUCAAAGAUCUGGGUAGGCGGGAGUCAGGCGGUGGAGGCUGGGGUUGCUUUUGAGGACAACGCGCUUGCGCAGUGCUCGGGAUUCGGUGAGAAGAAAGAAGCUGCGGCUGCUACUACAGUUGGCGGCUGCUUAGGCCCCUGUAAUAACUAUGUUUACCUGUGAUAUUUGUGGAGAACUAGUAGCCUCUGAACAAGACAUGAAGACUCAUCUUCUUUUGACUCAUAUGGAAAAUGAAGUGAUUUGCCCAUUUUGCAAAUUGUCUGGUGUGAAUUAUGAUGAAAUGUGUUUCCACAUUGAAACAGCUCAUUUUGAACAAAAUGAAAAUGAGAGAGACUUGGAGAAAGUUAACCAAGUACAAAGUAGAACUCUUGAUAGAAAAACUGAAAAAGAAAACUCUCCUCACUAUAGAAUGGAAGUUAAUGAAGAUGUUUAUUCUGCUUGUGCAUCAAAUGAUCUGAAAAUUACAGAUCACAGUCACUCUAAGGAUGCUUCUUUAAAGUGUAAAACCUUUCAUUCAGAGAAUUUGACCGAAUUCAGAGAGUUACAAGAAAAUAGACUGAAUCAAUCUGACUUAACUGAAAUAAAUGAAUCAUUGUCCAGUAUCCCAGAAUGUCCAUUCUGUGGGAAAAUAGAAGCAUGCAAUGAAGAUUUGGAAACACAUGUGAAAAAAAAGCAUGCCAAUCUUUUAGACACUCCAGCAGAAGGUCAAGAUCAGCCAUUUUAUGAAUGCCCAAUAUGUGGUCUUAUCUGCACAAAUUAUCAGAUCCUACAUGAACAUAUCGAUUUGCAUUUAGAAGAAGGCCAUUUUGAAGAGGUGAAUAAAGGCUCUGGUGACCUGGAAUUGGCUCGUCAGCUCCAGCAAGAAGAAGACAGACAGAGGAUGUCUGAGGGGUCAAGACAAGAAAUAGAAGAAUUCCAGAAAUUGCAGAGACAAUAUGGUUUAGAUAAUUCUGGAGGCUAUAAACAGCAGCAGCUGAGAAAUAUGGAAAUUGAAGUACGCAGAGGAAGGAUGCAGCCGAUUGAGUUUCAUAAAAGAAAAGCUGACAUGCUGGAAUCAUUAGCUUUUGGCAUAGAUGAUGGCAAAACAAGGACUUCUGGAAUAAUUGAAGCCCUCUAUAGGCAUUAUCAGAAUGAAGCGAGAGAGGUGAGGCGAGUGUGGCUUUCCACAGGAGUAGACCAUUUUUCUUCAUCUCUGGGAGACAAAGGCUGGGGUUGUGGCUACAGAAAUUUCCAGAUGGUACUUUCAUCUCUCUUGCGAAAUGAUUCUUAUAAGGACUGCUUGAAAGAUAUGUCAAUUCCUUGCAUUCCAAAAAUUCAGUCCAUGAUUGAAGAUGCAUGGAAAGAAGGGUUUGAUCCUCAGGGCGCCUCUCAACUCAGCAACAGGUUACAGGGAACAAGAGCCUGGAUUGGAGCAUGUGAAAUAUAUUCACUACUAACCUCUCUCGGGCUAAAGUGUCGAAUUAUUGAUUUUCACAAGUCUACUGGUCCUCUGGGCACACACCCACGAUUAUUUGAAUGGAUAUUAAACUACUAUUCUUCAGGCAGAGAAGGAGGUCCAAAGGUAGUAUGCUCCUCCAAACCUCCCAUCUAUCUACAGCAUCAAGGACACAGCCGAACUAUUAUUGGAAUUGAAGAGAGAAAGAACAGGACCCUCUGUUUAUUGAUAUUUGACCCAGGCUGUCCUUCUCGGGAAAUGCAGAAACUAUUAAAACAAGACAUUGAGGGCACCAGUAUCAGACAGCUCUGGAGAUUUGUGGGAAAUUUAAAGCAUAAGCAGUACCAGAUAGUAGCUGUAGAGGGUGUACUUUCUUCAGAAGAGAAAGUUGCUCGGAUGAAAGCUUCUCAAGUCUUCACAGCUGAGAGGAUUCCUUGAAGAACAAUUCCUAGAUGACCUGUGUCAUUUCCUAAAUUCAGAAGUAACUCAUACAUGCAGCUUGCUAAUCUAUAUGUUUAUAGCAAUCUAUAAUGUUUAAGCAUUCAGCUGUUGAGAAUAAUUUUACAGAGUUUCUAAAAUGUGACAUUUUUUAGACAUCGCUAAUUCCUUUGUUAUUUAAUUAAUAAUUGACUUAAUAAACUGUGUUGCAUUGAAA